AUGGAAGCUAAGAGGGCCGCAGCAAAAACUUGCUACAAUCUUGUAAAUAAUCAAUAUAUUAAUGACAGUAUUGUUGUAGAUGAAGUACUGAUAUCACUAUUAAUGAGAAAGCAUUUUGAAACGGAUUAUCUGUUCAAACAUACUGUUGUAAAGACUCUCGAUUGUGCUGUGAAGGAAUGUAUUGAAUUGAAGAAGGAGGAAUUAAUGAUUAGGAUUAUAAAAAAGUAUCAAAGUUUGAGCUUUACAGAAUGGAUAAUCAACUCUAUUGGAUGUGAUAACGUUCAAAUUAUAGUACUAAAAGUUUUUAUUGCAACAUUUGUUAGAAGUAAGAAUGAAAAUGCACAAUUUGUGGACACGCUAAUUAGUCAAGCUAGUUCAAAAUAUUUGAAGAUGGAAGGGGAAAAGAGAACUAUAAAUCCUUUGAUGUAUAUACCUCUUGCCCACAAGCAUCACUAUGAUAUUGACACAGCUUUGAUUGGACAAACCAUACCAUUCCAACCAUCCAGCAAUGAUACACAAAAACGAUUGAAAGAAUUGGUUCUCCAAAAGUACUCUAAUACUACCCCUUCAAAUAGUCCCCUUAAUAGAAGAAGAUCAAAUUCAGGAUUCAGUUUUGGAACAAGAAGUUCUUCGAUGUGCUCGACCCAUAGUCCAGUUAUUCUCAUGGGUGACAAGUUUAGCUCAAAUAAUUGUAUUACGGAUGAAUCAAUAUUCUCACUAGGCAGUACUGGAGAGUUUGGCUUAACGGUCCAAAGUAAUAUCAAAAAAACUCAAAAGAAAGAUUCAAGUCAUUCCCCUACACCUACUGUAUCGCUAUUAGAAAUGUGGCAAGAUGAAUACGGAACUAAAGAGAUUCUUCGGGAAACAAACUUUAAGAGUUUUAGAACUGGUUCAAGCUCUUCAACAUUGCCACAUAUAAACUCGAUGAGUACAUCGACAACACCAAUCCCUCACCAAACCAACAACAACAGAUCACAUGCUCAACGGCCAGCAUCUGCUCUCUCAUACAGCAAGCCAAGGAAAGAAGUGACCGAUUUGAAUCCAGAAUUGGAACGAAGAUAUCUGAACAAGAGCAAAGAAAUGGGAAUCAUUAAGCAGGGUACUACUUUCCCUUUCGAAAAUCUUCUUUCUUCCAAAUACAAGCAGAUAUUAAAAUAG